AUGGCUCAAGUCCUCCAAAAUGUUUAUCGACUGGCUUUCCCCGUGGCUAUUGGGGGUAUGCUAGUUCAAAAUUCCCUUUACGAUGUCAAGGGCGGCACACGAGCUGUCAUCUUCGAUCGAGUGUCUGGUGUGCAAGAGAAGGUCGUCAACGAAGGAACACAUUUCUUGGUCCCCUGGUUGCAGCGCGCAAUUGUCUACGAUGUCCGCACGAAGCCUCGCAACAUCUCCACCACGACAGGAAGUAAGGAUUUGCAGAUGGUUAGCUUGACGCUGCGUGUGUUGCACCGCCCGGAGGUGCCGAAGCUGCCGCAGAUCUACCAGUCAUACGGUACCGAUUACGAUGAGCGUGUCCUCCCAUCCAUCGGAAACGAAGUCCUCAAGGCCAUCGUGGCCCAGUUCGACGCCGCCGAGCUGAUCACACAACGUGAAGCUGUCUCCAACCGUAUCCGCACUGACUUGAUGAAGCGUGCUGGACAAUUCAACAUCGCCCUCGAGGACGUCUCCAUUACACACAUGACCUUCGGAAAGGAGUUCACACGGGCCGUCGAGCAGAAGCAGAUCGCCCAACAGGAUGCCGAGCGGGCCCGAUUCAUCGUCGAGCGUGCCGAGCAGGAGCGCCAGGCCAACGUCAUUCGCGCUGAGGGUGAAGCCCAAAGUGCCGAUAUUAUCAGUAAGGCCGUUGCCAAGGCUGGCAGUGGACUAAUUGAGAUCCGUCGUAUCGAGGCCAGCAAGGAGAUCGCCUCCACUCUCUCCUCGAACCCCAACGUCACUUAUCUGCCUGGUGGAGAGGGGAAAGGAUGGAGGCAAGAGCACUAG